AUGAAGUGUGAACUAAAACAGCCAAACAAUUUGGAUUCCUCACUAUUUUACAUCUACUUUGAACCUGGUUCCAGUACCGGAUCAGUUACAUAUUUGUUAAUGAUUGAAUUGAAAAGAAGCAUUAAGAAAGCUAUAACAACGGGUGUUAUCACAACCGGACAAAUUAAAAGAGGUCAUGUAGAUGUUGCAAACUUUUUCCAGGGAUUGAUAUUUGAUAGUUAG